AUGUCGUCCCUCGCUGCCCAAGAAUCUUCCAACACGCAACCCCAGAACCCCGUCAAUCCCGGCGACGAUACAUCCGGCACCUUCAAAGACGACCCCAGCGUCCCAUUCAAGACUGGGGGCUCAACGGAUCCUGCUGGUUUAAGUACUUCAGUGGAUAAGUCUCCAUACGGCCAACAAAACGCCUCAGAUACCUCUGAGCAGCGUCGCGGAGAAGACCUGACGCAGAACACGAAGCAAGAGUAUGAGGGUAGUAGCAAUGUGGGUAUUAAGACAGGGAGUGAGAGUCUUCUUGAUAGCGUGGAGCGGAGUGUGAAGGAGAGUGGGCAGGAGAAUAGGUCCGGGGUGGAUGUUGGGCAAGUCACAGGAGGACGAAAAUGA